AGUCUGACGGCGGCAUCCCCGAAGCUCGUUCUUUUCAACGCGAGAGAUUUCGCGCGCGUCAAAAAAUACCUCUUUAUCCGUAAAAAUGUCGAUAAGUACAAAAAUGAGCACGGUUAAAAACUCAUUUUCUUUGUACAAAUUGGGUGAAAAAGCAGCUUUUUGAGCUUUUUCUCUGUUCCGAAUCCGGCCUAAGACAUCGAUUGAAUCAAUUUUGUCCUCUCUGGGAAGGGAACUGAAAUGUGAUUUAGGGCAUCGAAAGAAGUUUUAUAGAAAAGUUAAAAAUUACAUAUAAAAGAAGAGAUUUUAUUUUUGGGUUGACAAAGAAUUGAAAUGGUUGGAGCCGAAAUGAAGGUGGCGACGGUAGAGGUGGAGUCGGUGGACAAUAUGGCCACCCUUCCGGUAUCGAGGGCUUAUGGUGGCGGCGGCGGUGGCGGAGGCGAUGCGACCACUGUCGAGAGGAACAACUCAACCAACAAAGAAAUGGAACUUAAAAUGGUUCAACCCAAGCCGGAUAAGAGGACAUCCCUCUUUAUCAUAAUGAGUUUUGUGUACGCAAAACUGCUUAUUGUCGUUUGCUUGGCGUACGUGAUAUCGGACGUGGUCACACACAGCAUACCGUUAUGGUACUACGAAGGAUUCUUCACGUAUCUUUACGGCAUGAGCAUCCUUUUCCUCCUUUACGUGUUCUGCUUCCUUCUCCAAGAAAGUACAUGUUGUUCCGGCGAACCGAAAAAGGAAAAAGUCUGCAAAAAACAAGCGAAAGAAAAAGCGCUUAAGGAGAAAGAAAAGAAGAAAGAGGAAAAGGAGAAGAAAAAGGAAGAAAAAGAGAAGAAAAAGGAGAAGAAAGACGAUACCGAUUUGGAACUGGGUAUUUCGAAAACGCGACGUAAACGGAAGACCACCCAAAACGAUCAGAGUCAUGGCAGUUUUUUCCUUCGAAUUGGAGCAAUCGCUUUUGGAUUGGGAACAAUGAUCUACACAGGACUUGAAUUUGGAUCGUUUUUCGAAGUGCCAUUUGAGUCACCGUGUUAUAUGAUUCUCCACGGUGUUAAUCCAGCUUUACAAAUGGUGUUCACUUUUAUGCAGAUGUAUUUCAUAUUUAUGAACUCUAGGCUAAAUAUCCAUCGUUUUAAAGUCAUUGCUCGUUUCGGAUUAAUGCACGUUUUCGCCACCAAUAUCUGCGUUUGGAUACGUACUUUAGUACUUGAGUAUAUGAAGGAAAUCACGGUUUACCAUAAGAAAUUUGAUGACAAAUCUGGGCAAAACAUAAUCGCAGACAGCAUCCGUUCGCACAAUUUGCGAAACGCAAACACAGUUUUACGCACUCACGUAGCCAUACCAGACGUCAUUAUUACCACCGCAUCUACUAUUUUAUCCACUUUAAAUACAACAGCUCAAGACAUCACCAGUACUACUGCCAAAAUCGUUUCUACAACCGUUAAAAGCAUACCUAUGACUUUACCCACCAUACCAACAACCACAGAGCGUUUCACAAUUCCAUCAACCAUUCCUACAACGCUUUAUCGAAUGUACAGAACGAUUCCCACGACAUUUAAAACAAGUACCACCACAACUAUUCCAACCACAACCCGUCCAACAACCAUACCUUUCAUUUUUUCGACCACCUCAACGGUUCCAAUCACUUUACCAACAUCCGCCGCCACCACCACAACAACAGCUGCGAGGUUUUGGGAUGCGAUCACUUCAUCUUUAUCCACGUCCACUUACAAGAGCUUCCUUAACUAUCGCAAUUUUAACUUUGAAAAUAACAUAGCUAAUGUUGCUGAAGAUUCAUUGAAUAUUAACGGUUCUGAGGUGAUUGAUGAGUUAUUUCCUCAAGCGUUGAUAUGGAACGGAAAUGGAAAUGGCAAUUCUAGUCUUUCUGAAAAUAUUUCGUUGGUUGCUGCAAGUUGUAAAAGAGUUAAUAUAAUGGGGACGAUUGUUCAAGAUUCAGCUCCUUAUUUGUAUCCGUUCAUUAUCGAAUAUUCGUUAAUAGGUGCUGCUGUUAUUUAUGUGAUGUGGAAACAUAUUGGAAGGCAUCCAAAAUAUAUUACUGAAGAAGAUUUGGAACAUAGAUUAGAAGUGAUGCUUUCAAGAAGGGCUGUUGCUUUGGCUCAUGCUCAACAAGGACGCGUUGAUUGUGUUGGAGCAUCAAAAGGAUUGUUUUUCGGUCUGCUUCUUCUCGUGGGAUCAUUAAUCUGCUUGAUUUUAUAUUUCGUCAUGAUUAACCAUCGUGAUUUUGGAAUGUUGGCCGUUUAUCUAGCUGAUGUUUCUCAUUGCGUUGUAAUGGCGUUGAGUAUAAUUGCGAUUAUUGUUGGAUUUAUCCGAGUUCAAUCAUUGAAAUUCCGCAUCGAAGAACAAAACGAUCUUAACGACAUACUCCUUAGAGUUUCCGCUUUCGGGUUGUUUCUUUACGCCACUUUUACUGUAAUUGCCGGUACUUUAAAACCGACUACGAGAGAACCGAAUUUGUUAAUUAUGAUGACCGGAACUUUAGCAAUCGUACAGGUUUUACUUCAAUUAUUAUUUAUUGCUGAUGUGUCACGUCGCCGAGUUCAUCUUCCGGAACACGACCGAUCAAAACCAGGACGUCAAGUUGUAACAUUCUUACUAAUUUGCAAUAUAACUAUGUGGAUUAUAUACACGUUCGAAAUGAAAAAGGUUGAAGCAAAUCCAAUAAUACCACGUUUUUAUGGUUUUCUUGCGUGGGCGUUUAUCCAAAGAUUAACGCUUCCGUUGUGUAUUUUCCAUCGUUUCCAUUCGGCGGUUACGCUAGCGGAAAUAUGGAAAACGAGCUAUAAAGCAAGGAUUGAAUAAAACGAUCUUUAAAUGAAACGAUAAGAUUUUGAGCUCAAAAAAAAACAAUUUAAUAGAAAAAAGUAAAGUUUAAUGAAAAUAAAAAGAAUACAUAGAUACACAAAUUGUUGAUAUUUUGCUCAGAAUAUAGUUUUUGGUGUAAAUAAUUUCGACAUAUCUACAAAUUUUAAAUGUGGUUUGAACUGUUUUUUGCGGUUUUAGCACACAACACAUACAAAAAAGAAUAUAUAUAAAAGAAUAACACAACAUUUCUUUAAAAAAAGAGUAUUCCAGAAAAAAAAUUAAAAGAGGUAAUUUAAAGAUUAUAUUAUACUUAAUAAUGAAUAGUGAGUUAUUUAGAAAUCAACUACUAAUAUUAAUGAUAAAUGUGUGGUAUUUAUUAAAGAAAAUUACAAAAAAAAAUAAUAAAUUAAAAAUCAUAAAGGAA